AUGUACAGACCUGCUGAGAUCGCCGUGUACAGACCUGCUGCAAUUUGUUGUAAACUUUUUGACAUCCGACCAUUCAGUCACGAUCGUCACGAUCGGUCACGAUGUAAGACAGUGCGUCCAGAUAAGACGCAUCAAUCACAAGUCGCAGAGUUUCUUUCCAAGAAGUUCUUCAAUAACAGUGCAAUGGUCCUUCUUAAAGUUCUUUAUAUCCUCGUCAUGCUGUUUAUGACUGCGAUGCCUGACGUCUAUUGGCGCGUAGACGAUAAAACCGAACAUGAGGAAAAUUUGGAUCACGAAACUUACACGUUCGUACCGGGACUGCCAGGGGAGACCUCUCACGUCGUAACGGGGAAGCAUGAGGACGGCCAUUACGUGGUACUCGAUCCUGACGGAAUUCGUCGUUACGAGUAUGACGAGUGGCACAUGAAGCAGACUGCUCUCAACGCGGAGGGCCUCGAGCAAGAAGAGAUAGAGGUGGUAGAGUACGCCGGUGUGGGAAGGCAGAAUGAAGAAGUGGAGUUGAAAGAAAAAAGGAAGGUUGGAGAGGACGAGUUAAGAGAAAACAGAUGGACAGGAUAUGAGACGAUGGUUGAAUUAAAGAGAAUGGAAGAGGAGGGACACGAAAAGAAGGAUCAGAUGGGUGCAGAGUAUGCGGAUGGAAGGAGAGGGAUCAGAGAGGCAAUGACAGAUAUAGAAAACGAAUAUGAAAAUGGGGAGGAAAAGAGAGAAUUUGUAACAGUCGUGGAAGUACGGGAGGAAGAGAUGACGUAUGAGGAAGAAUAUACGAGAGAAGAGUACGUAGAAGACAAACUGGAUGUUGAGGAAGAUAGGACGAAAUACAGACCGAAUGACGACCACUCACACAGCAAUACGGAGCUACAGGACCACGCCGAGGCUGUAUUCGAAUGUGAAAUAUCUGUCCAUUUGCGCUUUGAAUAUUCAGAGAAUAGUGACGUAGAAACUCGGGAGGAGGGUAACAAAAGAGAAGAUGAACGGUAUGCCGAAGUAAGAGAUAAGGCAGGAGAAGAGAAAGUGAAAGCAAUGUGGGGGUCUAGAGAAAUCGGCUUACAAGGAAAGACAGAAAUGGUGCACGUGGACAUAAAAGAAAUGAGAAUACAGGAGAGUGUGCAAGAAAUGGAAAAGAUAGAUGAAAGAAGAGAGAUGGGAGAGGCAAAGAAAGACGGAGAAAUUGAGAAGUUUAAAUACGAGGAGAGAGAAGGGAAAGGUGAAAGCAUUUUGGAAGCAUCAGAGUUUGGACUGGAAGAGACAAGGUACGUGGAGAUAGAAACAGGCGAAAUGCAUUUGAAAGAAAAAGAACUGAUAACUGAGACGACAAUGGAACUCAUGCUGUCAGGUGGACAUGUUCCUGACGCCAUGGACACGCAUCUGGUAGGCCAGUACAUGGCACUUUAUUCCGCAAGAAAUGACCAAUUAGGCUCCUCCACUGAUGAGGGCGUGAAGUAUCUUGGCCAGGCGGUCAAGCCUUCCAACCAAAAUGACGGGAAGGUGGAGGAAGUGAAUACCGAUGUUGGAGAGCCAGAUGCGGAAGAAACGAGAGAAGUAGGGCGGAAGAUCAACGUUAAUCAGAAGGAAGAAGAUAAAAUGAAAGAAAAACUGUUUCCUAUAGAUAUCGAGACACAAAAAGCUACAGGAAUGGGGCAUAUGGAGGCAAAGAAAAGCGAGAGAAUGCAAGGCAUGGAGAAGACGGGUAAAGACAAAGAGAGAAGCUUGAGGGAAGUUGGAACGGAAAGGAAACCCUUUGAGGUACAGGAGAAGUGUGUAGAUACUACUGUAGAAAACGAUGUUGGAGAAAAUAUGGAAAUAGCACAGGCAAAUACGACGAAUACGGAAGAAAAAUCAGGAGACAAGAAGCCGAAAAUAAAGUCUAAAUUACCAGUUGAGGGCAAGAAACACAGACUGGAAGGUGACCACGCACAGGAUUCCAAGAAGAGGCCAGAGGGAAAUUACAAUAUUAAAGUGAAGCUUGACGGAACUAUUCGCAUUUACCGUUAUAUUGGUAGUUCGUGAAACAUUCGGGUCAUGAUGCCAAAUAUAAAGAGAGUAGUUAAUAAUAUAUAAUUUUGAAGAAAAUAAUUUGAAACGAAAAAGGUUUAAUGACUCGUUUAAAAUGCCGCUUGUGCCUUUUGGAAGCUCCUAAAUAAUGUAAAUUAGAUUUGUAAGACAUCGACUUAAGGAAAAUCAAGAAUUUUCAGCUCAGUACACAAAGCGAAAAGAAAUUCGCCGACAGGCUGUCUAUAAUAUGAUUCCCUGCCAAAAGUACUAUUCUGAAACAGUGUACAACAUUUGUUCUGUGACGUUUAAUUUUCAAGAUGCAAGCUAUCAAGAGAUCAAACCAUGGAAGCCUCGUAGUUGCAAUAGGUGUUAGAAGCGGCUUAUAUCUAUUUCAAGGCAGAUUGCAGUGUGUCGCUCACCUUAGCAUAUUGGCAUCGACCGUUUUCAAAGCUGCUUGGAAUACUGUCACGUGAUCCUCAAUAGGGAAUGAAGAAACCUGCUUCUUCAGGUGCUCCAAAAGGAAGAAAUGCAUCCGAGUUAGAUCCGGCGACUAGAGACCAUGCAAUUGGCCUUCGACAUCCAAUCCAGCUUCCCAGACGCUGCCGGAUAUGUUCCCCACGGCGCGCUGGAGCUGCGUCUUGCCGACACCUCAACUUCUGCCUCACAGCUAGAGGCGGAUCUUCAAACGGUUCCAGUAGUACAGUUUCCAGAAGAUAAAGAUGCCAUUUAGUAUGUUAGAAGUUAGUUCAAAUAUGUUUAUACAUAACUUGGUAAACACUCUUUUAAUAUAUAUUAAUUUUUGUGCAUAGCCUUCUGGAAUAUUUUAAGCUAAGUUAUAAUUUUAUGUCUUAGGUUAGUUACUCUUUCAGGAAGAGGGGGGGGGGGAAUGGAAUAAUAUUUUUGGUUUUUGUGUAUUAUGUUUCUUCUAAGACAAAGACUGUGGUUUAAAAAGCAAGAAAAAUAUGAGCCCUUGAAGACUAACUGAUGUAGUAGAACGUGUUUUGUAUUCAGGGCUGACGUACUAACUUAUUAUGUUUGACUUUGAAAGCACUAUCUAUGUAUUACAUUAUAUAUUUGUUCUCGGCUAUAUAGGUAUAUAUGUUUAUAUUUUCCCUAAUUUGUGUACUACACCUGAUGAUCCAUUAGUUUCUAAACAACAAGAAAAACUAAUUUUAUACAAUUAUGUGUGAUAGUUUUAUUAUGGCUUGUUAAGUGCAUUUAAAUUUUAAUUAGUGUAAACUGGA